UUUACGGUGUCGAGUACAUUCAUGGAAAGUUUCUUCGGACUGUACCCUUCUUUUAUUAUUCAUUUAAAAGAAUGCUGUUUUUAAACAGGCAAAUGUAUGUCAUUCUACCAACCUUCAGAGAAGCACCUACCUGCAUGAGAGGACAUGCAGACACUACACAAAAGGCACUACAACCGGGAAUCGAACCGGAAAGCCUCUUACUAAAAGAGGAUAACGCUAACCGCUGCACUGCCACAAUCCCAGUCUAGAGUCGAUAAAAAACACAUAUAACUUUACGUGCAUAUUUGUGUCUGUAUAAGUAUAUUUACACACAUAUCUCUAUCUCAAAAUAAACACAUUCAUACAUAAUUUCUAAUUAUCCAAAUGCAGAACGACAUACAUUUGGCUGUUUAAAAACAAUACAUUUUAAAAGUACAGUCGAAAGAAACUAUCUAUGAAUGUACUUCUUUACUACUCUACCCAACGGUUAUAUUAAGCUAUCCGUAACAGUACGAUUACUUCUGCAAUCAGCACGCUUGGCUUCCUCGCUCGACAAAUAGAUUGACGAAGACUGUGAUGGUGGCAUUGCAUGCUGGGAUAAUGGAUGACAGUGUGGGAAAAUUGCAAGAAGAGGCUCUAAAACGCAAAGAACGGCUUAAGGCAUUAAAAAACAGGAAGCUUCAGACUAAGGAUCAAGAUGAAGGUGAGCCAGAAAACAAAAGUCCUGUGGAAGACAAAACGGAGGAAAAACAUGGAGAGAUAAAGCUUCGCAAUUAUGCUCCUGAAGAUCCAGUACUUCGAGAAAGGCAGUUACCAAAGGCAAAUCCUGCUUCAAUUGAGGACAAAGUGAAAGAUCAGCUUGAAGCUGCAAAACCUGGACCUGUAAUUGAAGAAGUGGACUUGGCAAACCUUGCACCAAGAAAACCUGACUGGGACUUGAAACGGGAUGUAGCCAAAAAACUGGAAAAAUUGGAAAAGAGGACGCAACGAGCUAUUGCAGAGCUAAUUAGAGAAAGAUUGAGGGGGCAAGAAGACGACUUGGCUUCAGCAGUUGGAUCUGCAAAGCAGGAGGAGGUUGAUUCAGAUUAACGUGCAUCUAGCAUGCAACGCUGCAACCUCAAGUCAUGGACCCUUUUUCCAGCUUAUCUUACUGAGGAACUCCUUCAUAAUGUCUCAUUGUGAACUAAACUGAACACCAGAACAUAAUUCCAGGCUACCUAAAAAUAUGUUUUAUGGACUUGUUACCUAAAUGGUAGCCACAGUAACCACUGAAGGUUUUUUUGGUACAUUUUGGUACAUUUUGGAUUCAGAAGAGUCUCCUCUAAGUGCUGCUUGAAUACAUCAAGUUUAUUUUGUACUAGAAGAAAGACCGAAUACUGAUUUUUAUUUUCUGUCAGUGGUGCACAACAGUCGGAUAUGAUAAGGACUCCAACAUUUCCAAAAUGUGAAACUUAACUGCAAUUUUAAUAAUAUUGUCAUUGUUCUAAAACAAGGGAAAUAUAAGAAUAAAUGCUGUGAACAGUGCCAUUAUUAUAGAAAGUGAAUAAUUUUGUUACUGUCCGUAUUUGCAGAUAUUUGUGUAAACUUAGAGAUGAGGAGUUGCUGGUUGUUGCUUAUGUUUUUAAAAUUUGUGAACUAAAGAAAUGGAAGUAGUCAAACUCUGAAUGUACAUGCAAACACACUUCUGAAAAAAUGUUAUAAGAGUUUGCUUAGAAAAAUUAGAAUAAAAAAGUAGCUGUAGCAAAAUUGCUGUAGCAAUGUCCUUGGGGGGAGUGCUGCAGUCAUGAACUUUUUGAAGUACAGGUUCAUAGAUUAGUACUAGGCUAACUGCCCUUGUGGGACAUUUUAAGCUUAGCCAAUUACCCCAUGUAAGAAUUAAACCCUGCGCCUGUAAACACUUUAACCAUUAUGCUUAAAGUUAGCCAAUAUCUGAUGGGAGUGUUAGAGAUGUAAGAUUGAACCAUGUGAAAAGAAGACAACGCUAGAGCUGUACUUCGUGUGUUAAGUGUAAGUUUGCAUUGAUUUACUCCACCUGCAACAGCUUGAGUUUACUGAGCAGACUCAGCAGGUAUGACUAAAUUCAUUAAUAACCUACACCUGAGCCAUGUAUUUUAGCUGUUGUACUAUAUUUCAUUUUAGUUGCGUAAUUUUAUUCAGGUUUUAUAUUUUGUUUUCUUUUAAUAAAACUAUUGUUACUUAGUAAUUUA